AUGAGUGUUGGUAUGUCAGCUCAAAAGAGUUCGUCAAAAAAAAAAUCAAAAAUAAACAGAAAUGAUUUAAAUAGUCUUGUAGAAAACAAUUUCACAAUAGAAGUGUCAAAUGCUAAAUAUUUGCAGUCUGCAUUAAACGAAAAAGAGGAACAUGGACAUUCAUCCAUAUCUGAACGGUAUACUAAAACGAGAGAAAAUUAUGCAUUGUUCUGCAAGAUUGAUAAAGAAGUCGAAUUAGACGACGCUAAUUAUUUUGUCGAUAUGAACGAGUCUAAAGAUAACACUAUCGUCGAAGAUGGAAAAAUGCUGGUUAAAGAAGAACCACCCGAAAUAUUAAACCUAGAUAAGACCAUCGAAGAAUUUAAGACGACGAUGGAAUUCAAAUUUAUUUAUCUAGUUUACGCAGUCAGCAAAAAAUCUAAAUAUUUUUCACCAUAUGAUUUUAAAAUUGUCUUGUUUAAAAAUAUCAAUAAACAUUGUUUCUUUACACUAAGUAAGGAAGGUAUGCUGUCUCACUUUCAAAACGAAGUGUCAUUCACGCCCUUUGCGCAAUUUGAAGAGGAAUAUAAAUUAUAUAAGAAAAUCGUAAAAAUACCGCUGUUUAAAUACUACCUACAAUGGAAGUGUCUACACUUCUGGUAUAAGUACAUUUCGCAAAACAAGUACUGUCGGGCGAGAGAAGAACUACAAGGUCCGCUGUCGUUAUUUAUGCUGUCCGGUCCACUGCGGGACGCAUCGUUAAAGGUAUAUGACCUGAUUUAUCAGAGCGCGGCAAUGAGCUUGUACAACGGUUCAGUUACGGAAGAAAAUACCCUUCAAGCGUUUAAAGAACAACAGGAGAAUAGCACUGAGGCGGCCGUCGGACACUUACAGGGCCUACGCCUGGCGGUCAAAAACUUGGUGUUGGCCGCGUGUUCCAGCGUCCUGGCCGAGUGCGGAUUCACCGUGGACGACUCAGAAUUUCGUGUCACAAAGACCUCACGUAUAGCACAGUCCCGAGGCGGUGGUGGUGGUAGUGGUAUCACCAGCUAUACGAUGCCGUUUGUAAAACAAAGGACCAAACUGAAAUGUUGUCAAAGGAUAUGCCGGUUCAUCGCGUUGGUAGAUUUCCAGCUGCAGUCACAUCUCCACAAAAUAGCCAGCAAUCAGAUCGUUCAUUUUGAAGCGGAUGUGCGCAGACACUACAAGAACGUUCCCGGCGAAUUAUAUCAACUGAACGGCCACGACAACGACAACGUCGACAACGCACUAGAAAAUGACAGGUCUUCGGACGAUCCAAAGUCGCCGUUGUUCAUACUGGAGGCGUUUUUAACGAAAAAUGGUAUCGAGUUUGAUAACACGCAAAGUGAUUUUAUUGCUUACGUGACGUUUUUAAUGGAAAACUGGAAAUGGAUCGUUAUCACUCACGUUCCACCGCUCCUAGACGACAUCGAAUUCAACGAUUUCACAAACCCGUCGAUUUGCGGUAAUAAAAAUGAUCAAGUAUGCAGUGAUGGUCCAUCACUGCAGUUUGUGUUCGACAUUGACAAUGCGUAUCAGAGCUACGCGGAAAAGAUAUUGAAUUAUUUCACUACGAAUUUUGAGGCGGUACAUAAGUACUUGAAACGUCUGGAAUAUGUUCACAUUAUUUACAAGGAAAACGAAGACAUCGAUCGAGAAAGUAUCGUAAACGAAACCAGCAUAAAGAAUUUUCAACAAAUGUUAGAGAAAUACAAACAACAAAUAACCGACGUGGAUAAAAUAAAGACCACGCAUAUGUUAGGCAUGUUUCAUUUAAAAUUACAUCUUUUGAAAAAUGUUGCUAAGCCUACCUGCGAAUAUUUAUUAGAUCUAGUGGAAAAAACGCUUGUAAAAGCAGGAAAACGGUUGGUGAAUGAACUGUCAAACGAAAUAACUGACUCACUCAAGUACCUUCACACCUCGCCAUCUACUGCUGCGCAAUAUGUAGAUUAUAAAAAGUUCUUGGAAAAUUUUUCCAUAAGGGUUUGUGUUUGA